AUGAAAGAAGCGGCAUAUGCUGAAGAGUUGAAAGUUCUUGCAGAGUUCAAAAACACAAAGAAUGAGUGGUAUGUGAAAGAAACUGGGAGAAGACGCAGAAAGGCGGCUCCUAUAGUUCAACAGGGUGAAGGAUCGUCAUCAAAACCUAGAAAGAAGCAAAAGAAAGCAGCAACAAUAUCUUUGAUUGAUGAACCGGAAGAAGAUAAUCCGGUGGUUACUGCAGAAAAGGAACAAGUUGUAACUGCUGAAGACGAUCCAUUUAAUGUUGAUCAGUUGUUUGAUACAGAUAAAGAGAAAGAGAAGAUUGUUGAAGAUAUUGAGGGUGACGAUGUAGAUAAGAGUACAACAAGUUCAUCAAGUUCUUCAGAUGAUGGUAUUAACGAGAUUGAAAGUCGAAAAAGAAUUCAAGAAGAGAUAGAAAAAGAAAAGCUGUUAAGGAAGAGAAAGAGACAUGAAAAGGAUGAUGAUGAUGUUUAUGUGCCUUCUCCAGAGCAUGUCUCAGGAUCACAAUCUUCUCCGAGAGUUAGAAAGAAAGCUGGAGGUCGAAAGAAAGUGGUUUCUCCAAAGAUUCUCAAAGCUACUCCAAAGAUCAAAGUGCCAAAGAUUGAUAAUCUUUUAGAUGUUGGAGAUUUUGAUUUUGCCAACACUUCACAAGUCAAAAAUGUUGAAAAGAAAGUUGAAGAAGUUGUUGCUGAGAACAAGAGGCUAGCAGCUGAAAACAAGAAAGUGUCUGAUAGGGAGAAAGUUUUAGAAAUGUGUGUGAAGAAGCUGGAGAUGAAUAACAAAGAGUUGGUGAAAAAGAUUGAAUCUGAUCAAUCAGAAAUUGAUAUCUUGAAGGUUAGAGUUGCUGAACUUGAAGAAGAAAAGGCUAGACAUGAUGAACAGAAUGAAUACUUUAAGUUGAAGAACAAAGAAUUUGAAGCAGCUAAAGCAUUAAGAGAUCACGAGUUCUAUAUGCUGAACAAAGUUGUUAAAAGCAUGCUUGGAACAUCGGUAGAACAAAAGUUUGAAGAGCUGCAGGUUGAAGAGCUCAGAGCUGAACGUCAAGCUAAAAUAGAAGAGCAAAUGAAAGACAAAGGCAAAGGAGUUGAAGGAAGUUCAGCUGUGACUGAAAGAUCGAUUGUUCCUUCAAUGGUGGUUGAUAAUCCUGAGCCAAUCACUGCAAUAUCUGGUUUGUUUGAGGAUGAAACACAUCUUGAAGAGUUGAUGGGUGGUACAGGUUUGAAAGCUACAGAAGCUUCCAGUGAGAAAACAGUUGAUGAUUUGAUGAAUGAUUCGGUAAAUGAAGAAUCAGGGGAAGCAAGUGGAAAGGGGGAGUCUAGUAAAACGCAGAUCGUUGAACAUACUGAAAAGUUAAUCUUGGGAUUAGAUGUUUACAGAGAAAUGAUGCAUACUGUGGAUCCUGAGUUCAAGUUCGACUUUGAAGAAGAGUUGAAUACUUUUGAUAUCAAUUAA